AUCCGCCUCACACCAUCCUGCCAGCCAGAGGUUACAGCAGCCGGGAUUACGCUCGCAAAUAUGUGAUUUUGUACAAACACUACACACAGUUAGGUGUCUGACGUUUGCGCGCGGAUAUCUCCACCAUCUCCCCGCUGGUGAAUCGGAAAUCCGCCGGAGCUGCUGCUGUAUAUCCAGGGUUUCUUCUUGUGGAGGUUGUUGGACGGGACAGCGGAGCAUCGACUGAGGUCCCCCGGCGCAUUGCUCAACCCCCCCAUCCCAGCGAUGCUGCCCUGCCUGCGGAGAGUCUUUCGGCCCGCCCUCUCUCUGAGAGCCGGGACUGGGUUGGCCACAGCCGGACUCAGCAAGCAGCAAACACCCGCCGUGGCGCGGUUCGCUUCGGAGCCUCCCAUGUCCAUGAUGGUGCAGCGGUGUAACCUGGGCACACACCCGCUGAAGGAGCCCGUGGAGCCCCUCAACUCUCCCCGGGGAGCCAAGGAGUUUAUUUAUACUCUCCAUCCGUCUGAGAGGACCUGUCUGCUGAGAGAGCUGCACAGGUUCGAGUCCAUAGCCAUAGCUCAAGGGCAGCUGGAAGUUGCACCACCCACUGCAGCACAGUUAAGAUACGUUCUGCUGCACAAUGCGAUCCCCUUCGUUGGAUUUGGAUUCCUGGACAACUGCAUCAUGAUUGUUGCUGGCACGCAGAUUGAGUUAUCCAUCGGUGUGGUCCUCGGCAUAUCGACUAUGGCAGCUGCUGCCCUUGGCAACCUGGUGUCUGAUCUGGCAGGACUAGGGCUGGCAGGUUAUGUGGAGGCCUUGGCGUAUCGGCUGGGAAUGCAGAUUCCUGACUUGAGCCCAAAACAGGCUGACAUGUGGCAGACCAGAGUCAGCUCUCACUCGGGUAAAGCCAUCGGUGUUGGCAUCGGCUGCAUCCUGGGCAUGUUUCCUCUCAUGUUCUUCAAGGACGACGACGACAAGAAAGAGGGCCAGACGGAAGCGGAGGAGAAGACGCAACCCCCGCCCGCUUCAAAAGAGAGUGGCAAAAACUGAAACUUUCAUCUCGCCUGAAACAAAUACUAUUUGGAAUCCAUUAGAAUACUUAUAACUGGGACUGUCUGGCGGACUGGAGUGUAUGGAAAAUGUCAUUCAACCUGUUACAGUCUAAUCCCCGGCUACUUUACUUUGCAAGGCCCCAGUCAAACUAUCAAAGGUAUUCUGAAGAGGAUUUUAGAUAUUAUUUGAUUGUUGACUUUGAACCUAAGCACAGGGACCGGACCAUCUCUUGAAGAGACAAGAAAUGGUCGAUUCAUUGGACUGCUGCUACUCCAACUUAUCGCACCGUAACCUCAACUUGUCUUGACUGACCGACACGGGCUGAAACUCAUUUAUCUAAACCACACUGAAGUGGCCUCUUUCUCUGUUGAAUAUAUAAACCUCUGACUCUAGAUGGUUAGGUAAGGGUGGUUGAAGAUUUGAGGGCUCCUGAAAAUAUCACUAAGUUUGUUACCAAUGCAAGAAAAAAAUACUUUCGGAGAUCAUUCAGAAAAAAAUAUCGUACAUGACAUUUUGAUUUCAAAGGUUUCUUGUUCGUUGUAAGAACUCCUCAUAGAGAAAGACUGAACAAAGAGGCAUGUCAAUGUUUCGUUUAAGCAGUGUUAAAGUAAUUCCUAAUCAGUUUUUUGAGGGGCGAUGACGAGCCAAGGAAUGAGGGUAACCUUUGCAUAUAAAGAUGCGCCCUUCCAUAUCAAGUAUCUUUAGUUUUACAAGCAUGUCUGCCUUUUGAUGAUGUCUUAAAGUCAUUCACACUCCAUGACAACCAGUGAGCUGCUUUUACCAAGAAUGCAGGCGGUUAAAUGUUACACCUGCUUCUUUACUUCUUAAGAUUUUUAUGUUUUUUUUGUUGGUAAUGACCUUUUUCAUGAUCACAUGAAGCAGUAACAUGCACCAAAUGUCUCCCAUGUACACUGAAUGUAACAAACAAGUUGCAGUUCAGUGAAAUCUAACCUUUUAAAAAGCAGUUUGUUACUUUCCUCUGUGGAGUUGUGCAGGAAGGGGAGAAAUACAGAGUGGCAGAGGGAGGACAGGAUAGAGAGUAGCUGUGGCAGAAAGAUAAGAAAUGCCAACACUGAACCACCUGAGACCUCUGUCCCAUUUGCACUGACCCUCUGGCUCAAAUACCACAUGAUUUAUCUGCUUUACCAACCUGCAGCUGAACUACAACACUCCUCUACCAUGCAUGGUGAGCUAGGAUCAGGGGCCGGUUGCACAAAAUACCUUAAGUUAAGAUUUUCCUUUAAAGUCCGAAUUAAGGCUCCAUUAAAAUAAAAUCUCCUUAGAUGUAUGCUGUGCAGGAUUCUCAGUUACUGUUUGUGCACGUGCUUGCCAGCAAAAUUAAAAGCCAGCCUCAGAUUCCCUCUCGUUUGGCGUUUUGCCUCUAUAUUUGUAUUUCUCUGGCGCGGUGUCUCUUCAAUGCCUGCUGCUCAUGAUCUGGCACCUGGUUACUACCUUUUUAUACAGCCCUGAGCUCACCUGCUGUGGGGGUACACACCCAUAAAUGUCCCAAACACAGGAAAUAAGAAAAUACAGGCACAGAGCAGAAUCUCUGCAGAUAAAUACACCACACACUUGUAGUGGGAUGUAAGUGAUAAUUGAGAGGGAUUACUUCUGUAUGAGUGUAGCAUUUAAGGUUUACUACUUGUCUUGGCCUUAUACUUAAGGGAUCCCUAAACCGUUGCACAGAAGACCUUUGCAACCCAAGUUAAGUUAAAAAACAACUUGAGGUACCUCUGACUUUAUGUUAACUGCAACAUGGCCGAGUUUAUGGCAAUAAAUGAAAGAAAUAAAGGCACCCUGAAAAGAGUGUUCGGCCCAAUGGAUAAGCUUUACCUUUUACAUUAUAGAUUCGAUUGAAUUAAUGUUUAAUGCAAUGUCCUACCCCACAAUUGUUGUUAUCUGUUAUUUGGGGAUUAGAUUUAAUUUUUAGUAUGUGCUGUCUAUUAGAGUUGAGCCGAAUACUUGGACGAAACAAGUUUUCCAUACAGAUAGUGCUAAUUCUUUUCAAGAGUAUCUACUGAGUAAAAUGUGUUAAUGUCAGUGCUCGUGAUGAAUGAAAAUCCUCAUUUGGGAAACUGUGUUCUCCUACUCUCUCUUAGUCUUGUGAUCAGAAAUAAUCUGAAGUUCAAUCCUGAGAUUGUUCUGUAAUAAUAUAUUUUUAUGAUAAAUAAUAAAUAUAGCAACUUCUGAUCAACCCAAACCAGUUUCAGACAUAAGAUGAAAACUUCUGGGUAGGUCCCACCCAUUUCCAAUUUAAGUCCCACUCACUCAGUAUAAACUCCACCUGUUCUGAGUACAGAUACAGAUGCAGAUAAUUUAUUUGGUUGAACAGAUACAGAUACAGAUCAUGGCAUACCAGCUCAUCCCUUUUGAUAUAUUCUUCCAGAAGUACAAGCUUUUCCUCCACUGACCAAUUUGGUUUUCUUGACUUUUCUUCUGACGUUUUUCGAACUAUCUAUAGGCCAACUUUGUGAAGCAAUAACAGGUAUCACAAGCAUGAGUGCAGGCAAAUAAACACUUAAUGCAAACUUUUACUGUUGUAAAAUCGCUUUCAGUGUAGUAAAUGCCUUGUUUUCCUUAACUGAGGAAACCUAUUAAGGGAUUCUGUGCAACAUGCUUAAGUGAGUCCCUCAGCUAAGGAGAAAUUAAGCCUUAAGGAGAAAAUUGAAGGUGUUUUGUGCAAACGGUCCCUCUAGUCCAGUUUCUAAGAUAAAGCCAUGCAAGGGCAGCCUGGAAAUACUCAGCUGCAGCCCAGUGGAUAGUUUCAGUUUGACUUCACAGUGCAUGAGAUGGUUGGGAACCUGUUUCCAUUCUGUGAAAAUGCUGUUACUGCUUUUUAGUACAAAGGCACAACUGUAUUUUUUGCAAGCUUUCCCUGUAGUUAUAUUAUAUUGUCUCUGCUCUGCUGCCCUCUGCUGGCUGAAGUUCAGACAAAGCUGCUGGUUUCUCUCAGUGAAGUUUGGGUGACAUGCUGCCACACAUUUAUGUUAUAGAUCAUCAUGUGUUUUCCUGUUUAGUAUUCAAGCCCCUUGAUGUCUAGCCACAAAGUUUCUCUGGCUGUAAUUGAUCACUUUAUCACUUUAAUUAUUGCUUUUAAUCAUUGCUCUUAUUUUGUAAUGCAAAUUAGGCAAUCUGCAGCAUCAGCCAUGAAGGCAGAGAGGAUUAGUAUUGGGCGAUGAGACACUACCAUCAAUCCAAGUCUUAAUUCAUCUGUCACUGAUUUACAGUUUAUCUUUUGAAGAGCUGUUUUUGUCACCUGCACGGCACGGGUUGGUCAUCUCAUCAGCAGAACUGAAGACUGUUGUGUAUGGCGUCCAAUCUGUUUAGAAGUGAAAGGAAGCAGCCACGUGUCACUGAAUCGAACCUCCUCCCAGAAAAUGUAUUUAUUUUUGUUAUGAUAUUCAGACUUGUAUUCAUGUAUGUUCUCACUGUAUAUUCUCUUGAUCCCAAAUGACGUUGAGUAUAAGAAUAGAAAAUAUUUGUCAGCACAAAAACACCUUUGUUAGUAUAUUUUCGACAGGAUCGCUCCAUGUUACAGUCCAUAACUAAAGUUGCUGAACAUGCUCUGAAGACUUACCCUGUAAAGUAGUUAUUUAUUAUGUGGGUAACAGUAAUCCUUAACAGUGAUGAAAAUGAAAAAAAGAAAUGAAGAUAUUUAUGUAGUUAGGAUUUUUGAUCUGAUUGCCUGAUUUCCACCUUGCAUGCACUGCUAAUAAAAAAACCUAUUGUACAUGUU